AUGAACUUCGGCGAUAUGGGAGGUGAUGAAUACGACUCUGAUGAUGAGGACCUGCCAGAUCUUGAUCCCGCCGAGCAGCCCUUGGGUGAAGGGGUGCCCAGAGUGAAUCUCACUGAAGCUAGCUUGAACGACAUGGCAGCCUCUGUCAGAAGGUUUCAUCCCAACUUGGACACUGGCCUCAACAUCCGUGUCAACAGAAUAACUCGAGACAGAAAAGAAGAGGAAAUCGAGAGUGAAAAGAAAAAGCUCAUGGAGAAGGGCGAAGUGGACAAGGCCGAGAAGUUGGAGUCGAAGCGUCCGUUACACGUGAACAACGUGUGCCACGUGGCAGAGGAGCGGACCAUCAUUCAGUCCAGCGAUGGAUCCAGGAAGGACAAACUCAAAAAGGGCGAGGAAUCUUUUAGUGUUGAUGAGUACAGCAUGUUCAAGCAGGACAACAAGGCCAUUCUGGACAAGUUCGCCAAUGCGGAUUGGGAACUCUCCGAAGCCUUGUGCAAAGAGUGCCCCACCCAAGCCCAAGCUUGGGGAGCUUUGGGGUGCAAUCUUGAUGACCGAAGCAUCGGUUCAGUGGCUUCGAACUCUUUACCCUGA